UGGCCGGCACUAAUUUGAGAUGACAAGGUCUAUAACUAUAGUUUUGAAACAAUUCGAAUUGAAUUAGAAUCAAAUUUGAAACAGGAUAAAGAAAAUUUUAUCGAUCGGUGAGAUUUUUGAAACGAAAACGUGGCAACGUUGUUGUCCAUAAGGAACAAUCUGGAUUAAUAUCAAUUUCACCAUUUGCGAUUAUUCUAACAUGGCCGCAUGUUAGUUACUGAAUUUUCUUUAUUGUUUGCCAACGUUUGUUAAAGAUUUAGUAGUGGUGUUUGUUUAAAAUACUUUAAGAUUGAUCUAGAAUACAGGUAGAUUGAAGUAGUGGUUAGUGGCAGGUAUUUAUACCUAUUUUUUGGAUAAGUUGUGCCGGUUUUGGUCUUGUUGAUCUACUCCUCCCUAUUGAGGUAGUUGGGCAAAGAAUAGGGUUUUCUGAUUUUCUCUUUUUGAUUAUUUCAACCUGAAAAAUGUUACAAGACCAUCAUCACAUGUCUCAAAAUGGGAUGCAAAGAAAUGCAAGAAUGGGGAUGCAACAAAUGGGGCCACCCCCUAAUCAACGAACACCAAUGCUCAUGAGUAUGCCAGCUACUGGUGUUCUAGUCUCAAUGCCUCCUGGUCCUGGGCCAACUUUAAUAACAACAACAUCUAUCCCCCAACAACCACAACCAAAAGCCAAUAUCCAGCAACCAGUCUAUCACUAUGAAAACGCUGGUCAACCUACCGAACCAGAUCAGCACAGUACUGAGCAUCAGAACUGUUCAAACACUAAUACUUUGUCUACGCCCAACGCUACUUUGGCAAACAUAAAAGAAAAAACACCCAUGUGUUUGGUUAAUGAAUUAGCAAGAUACAAUAAGAUCCAACACCAGUAUAGACUCACUGGGGAGCAAGGACCAGCCCACAAGAAAAUAUUCACAGUUACCUUGAAACUCGGUAAUGAAGAAUAUGAAGCAGAGGGGCCCAGUAUUAAAAAGGCACAGCACUCGGCUGCCGCUCAAGCGUUGGCUAAAACUGAAUUCAAACAUCCACCACCAAAAACGGUAAGAAAUCGUCCAGGAACACGACCAACUAACCCAGGGGUUGUUACUCCAACUGUUGAACUCAAUGCUCUUGCUAUGAAGAGGGGGGAACGUACAGUAUACGUUGUUGAAAAUGGGGGUGCUCCACCACAUCAGAACUACGUAACUCAGCCAGGUUAUUAUCCACGGCAUAAUUUGUACAACGCUCAAACUCAGCCGCAAAGGUACACCUACGAUGCCCGCCGUAACAUCAGAGGUCACUAUCCAUACCACGAGAACCGCUAUUACGGCCAGUUUAGACCUGGAGCGCCUCAUAAUCCAGGAGACCCAUACACAGUGCGUUUAAGAGUUGGCGAACGGGAGUAUCCGGGACAAGGGUACACAGUACAGGCUGCCCGACACGAUGCUGCGUCCAAGGCCAUCGAACAUAUUAAACAACUAGGUACUUCGGACCAAAGUGAUGGGGAUAUAUCUCCUGAUGUUACUCAGCAGAUAUCGAAUGACUCUGCUCAGGGAAGCCUAUCUGACAUUAAUUCAGAUCUGAAGUCUCCUAUUUCACUGGUAUAUGAGAUUGCUUUGAAGAGAAAUUUGAACGUUCAUUUUGAGGUUCUAAGCGAGAAGGGGCCUCCACAUAUGAAAGUAUUUAUAACACAAUGCUGUGUGGGCUCCUUCAUAGCCGAGGGCGAAGGAAACGGAAAGAAAAUCUCAAAGAAAAGAGCUGCCGAGAAGAUGCUGGAGCAACUUUCGAAGCUUCCACCGCUUCCAAACGUCACGAAUAUAGCUCAGCUGAAAAAGAAACGUGUUACAAACAAGAAGAAGACACGUAACUUGAUCAAAGUUAAUACAGACCGAUCUACGGAAGUGGUUGAAGAAAUUAAUCCAAUAUCGAGAUUAAUUCAGAUCCAACAAGCCAACAAGGAAAGAGAACCAGUGUAUACAGUUUUGGAAGAGCGUGGUGCACCAAGACGUCGUGAAUUUGUCAUCGAAGCUUCCGUUGCUGGCCAUUCCUGCACUGGCGUGGGGCCCAACAAAAAGGUAGCUAAGCGUAAUGCAGCUGAAGCAUUACUGAUCGAUCUUGGCUACAGUAACACUAACAUCAACAAUGUCAAGCCCAUCGCCAAAGACAAGGAAGAAGGCGUCGCUCCAAACAUCCAUCCUAACAUGGACAAAAAUCGCAAGGUAACUUUUGUUGAAGAAGUUCCUGAGGUGCAACCCACUCAAUCGGUUGGUGGCAGUGGUGGUAGACAAUUGGUACCAGGGAUUCUCUUGGUUACUGAACAAUCUGGCUUCCCGAAGCCUAAAGAUACUAUGGACAAACCUGUGCAACAGCCUCCUACUCAGAUUAAACCUCCAUCUACAAUCCAGGGCGUACGUUCUAAGGACAAAUUGCUAUAUUUGGCCCAGCUGAUGAAUAUCCAAGUCCAGUUUUCGGAUUUCCCAAAAGCAAACCACGAAAUGUAUUUGACAUUGGUGUCUCUUAGCACCAACCCACCUCAAGUUUGUCACGGUGAAGGUCCGACAACUGAAGCUUCGCACGAAAAAGCUGCCCUUGAGGCUUUGAAAGCUCUUUCUGAACUGGGUCUCGAUAUUGCCCCCAAAGAUGGUUCUGGUGGACCUAAUGGCAAUGAAAAUGCUUCCCCAGUGGUGUCUAACAAGGGGCCGGUACACCAAAACGGCGUGAAGAACUAAACUUGAACUCUGCGUAGGCUGUACCAAUGGCCUUAAUUUUUUAGGAAUGCAUCUCCCUUAGUGACUGCUUUUUUUUAGUCAUUGGUACAGAACAUUUAUACAUGAGUUCCAUGUGGCCAUGUAAAAAAUUUGCAUAACUUAUAUUCAAAUAACUACGAAUUAUUUUUUUUCUUAUUUAAUGUGAUUUCAUUAACAUAUGUUAUAUGAAAUGAUAUCAUAUAUAUAUAUGUAAUUCUGGUUAUUGCUUGAGCACUGUGUAUUUCAAGUCAGUGCUACCCAUUUUCGUUUUCGUGGGCAGAAAACGAAUUUGGGAGACAGUAGUUCAGAAUUGGUUUACAAAAUUGUAAGUCGUGUAUAAGGUAUACACAUUUAGGGUUCGAAUAUUUAUCAUGUUUUCAAAAUAUUUCUAAGUAUUUUAAACACAGAACCCUCCACUAUAUAUAUAGAAAAAGACGUCAGAUUCUCAUAUUAUAUCAUGGUCAAACAAAGCAGCAGCAUCAAAGGUGAACAUAGCCGUAAUGAUAGCUAACCUUCUUAAAGGACACGGCAACUUAAGGAAGUAAAAGAAUGCAAACAAAUCCAGUGGAUAUUCUAGCUGUGCCAGUAAAUGGAUUGUAGACGUAAAGAAGACGAACGUUCAGCUAAAAAUAACUUUUAAAAUGUGAAACUACACCCGACGUGGUACCACUAUUAGCGGUAUCACCAGGAAAUAGGAGUAAGGUUUGUAGACGCAAAGAAGACGAUCACCUCAAAGUAGCUUUAAAACGUGAAACUAUACCCGACGUGGUACCACUAUUAGUGGUACCAGUAGGAAAUAGGAGUAAGGUUUGUAGACGCAAAGAAGACGAACAUUCACCUAAAAGUAACUUUAAAAUGUGAAACUAUACCCCACGUGGUUCCACUAUUAGCGGUACCACUAGGAAAUAAUAAGGUUUGUAGACGCAAAGAAGACGAACAUUCACCUAAAAGUAACUUUAAAAUGUGAAACUAUACCCCACGUGGUACCACUAUUAGCGGUACCAGUAGGAAAUCGGAGUAAGGUUUGUAGACGCAAAGAAGACGAACAUUCGCCUAAAAGUAACUUUAAAACGUGAAACUAUACCCGACGUGGUACCACUAUUAGCGGUACCACUAGGAAAUAGUAAGGUUUGUAGACGCAAAGAAGACGAACAUUCACCUCAAAGUAACUUUAAAACGUGAAACUAUACCCGACGUGGUACCACUAUUAGCGGUACCAGUAGGAAAUAGGAGUAGAGGUAGUCCAAGACUGCGCAAGGAAGAUCAGCGCAGCAAACUGGCAACGGUUCAACUAGGGAUGUAGCAUCAGUCCUGAUGAUACCCGAUGUGGCGGACGGAGUUCACUGGCUAGGUACUGGCUUACCAAAUUUUUCAAUUUCUAAAGUAACUGGGUUGUCACCAUGCUUCGGAGGGCAUGUGAAGCCGUCAGCACCGGCUACGUAGUAGUCGUUACACUAAAACCUGAGCCAGAAGAUUGACAACUACCUCACAACAGAGAUAUCAAACUUCUAAAGUACAAAUUGAUCAUCCUCUAUGUAUUUGUACGCCAAUUUGAUAUAACAUGAUAAGAUGUAACUUUAUGAUGUGUAAUGUAAGGGUUAUAUAUGUUAUGUUAUGGUUAUGAGAGUAUAGACUGUAAGCAAAUUAUAAAAAAUUACAAAAGUUAUUAAAAGAAGUAAGUCAUUUGGCUCAGUGCUAUAACUCUUGAUAAUCUUUAAUUAUGUUUGAGUAAAGCUAUUAAUAAAAUAGUUAGAAAUACUCUGGAAACAGACUUAGUUGUAUAAAUUCCAAUAUUUCAUGUAGGUAUCUUACGCAUAUAUGAAAUACUUAAUUGUCAUAUUGUGAGUGACUAACAUAGCAGAAUGUUGGUAUAAGUUAAUUGUUACAAAUAUUAUUUCGGACCCUAAUAUUAAUAAUUAGAUAUUUUAUGUUUAUUCAUUUUUAAAGCUAGUAUUCGCUAACCGUUUUCUGACAAAAUGCACGUGUAUCUUUAUAUUGUCAGAGAAUGAAAUCAAGUUAGUUGUUCUCUCUAGAUGCGAUGCAAUUCUGAUCUGCUGAUCAAACACUUUUUUUGGUGAUUGAUUUCUGUAUUCCGGAGGCUUCACUCUUCUUUUUAUUUAAUUGAAUAUUUAAUUCUUUUUAUGAAUGCGUUUUUAGUUCUGUGUAUUUACAUAAGUAGGAUUCAUAUUUAAUAAUGUUAUGCCUCUACUUUGAAUUCGGAAUCAAUAAACAUAUACACAAAUUAGUAUUA